GUGAUGUGGCAGCGAGUUUGGUUUCAUACAAGCCACUGCAGCGUCUAGCGCGUCUGCCGUACACAAGGAAGCGCGCAGCCGAGUUUCUCUCGUUAGAUAUGCACCAUGAGGAUGUGAUGGUGGGGCGCGUGCUGUACGAGGUGAAGUCCCCCCACUUACUCAUCGUGGGGGAACGUGUAUGCCGCUUUCAUAACUUGCGCAGUGGACCUUUUGCUCCUGUGAGUAACAGUUCGGUUGUCAUUCAUCACCUCCUGGAGCAUGAAUACAAAGCGCUGAUGCGUCGCUUCAGUGAAGAUACCAAUCCUCGUGCUACGAGUUACAAUCGAACAGGGGGUCUGAUGAUUUUUUCUUGCUAA